GUCGCCGGCGUCCCUCCCCUCCUGCCGUCUCUCCACGUUGCGCCAGGGGCGAGGCGGAGCGGCGGCGGCGGCGGCGGCGGCGCGCAGCCUGUCCAUCCGAGAAGGAGGCGAGGAGCCGCCUGGACGGCUUUUUGGGGGAGAGAGGAAGGCGGUGCCAUCAUGUCGGGCUUGGAUUACCUGGCCGCCGAGUGCCUCGUUUCCAUCUCCACCGGAGCCCUGUUACACCCGGCCGCCGGAGCCAAAGAGGAGCGCGGGGCGCGCCCCAUCGUCGCGGCCCCGCCGGAGGCGGCGGGGGAAGCCCUGGGAGGAACCCCCGACGGCGCAGGCAACCUCUCCGGCGCGGCCAAGAGGCACCGAUGCCCGUUCCAGGGCUGCGCAAAAAUCUACGGCAAAUCUUCCCAUCUGAAGGCGCAUCUCCGGACGCACACGGGUAAGGGCCGCCCCCCCCCCAGCCCGGGGACAGUCUCUCUCCCCCCCACCUCCAUCUUACACCCCAGGGGGCCGAGGGGGUCUUUGCCCCCCCUUCAUAACAUAUCCCCAAAAGUGGAUAGGCAUUCAAACGCGCGCCAUGUGAUGGAUUAUGCGGGUUUACUGGGGGCCCCCGAUAUUUCGUUCAAGGUGGCACCCCCGGAACCCCGAGGCCCCCCUCCCCUCCGGCCGGUUCCCGCCUCGCUUUCUCUCCCCCGCCCCACCCCCGUGGCCUCCACCCACGUGGGGAGACCGCGCCUCGCUCGCUGGCUCCGGGCGGCGUCGACGCACGCGUUUCCUGGAUUUGAGCUCGGGUGAUUACGCAGCCCACCCACGUCGCGAUAGAGACCUCUGCGCCGGUCUCUCUUGCCCGCCCUUACAAGGUGCCGCCGGGGCGCGCCUCCGCCGCCUUACCCCCCCCCCCACGCCCCCGCGCGUGGGCUGAGCGAUCCCGGCCCCACGUGCUCCGAAAGCGAAAGCGCGCACGAAGAGCGCAGAGGGUGGGAUGCGGAGACUCUCCAGAGUGGGCGGCUUGGGUUUAUAGCUGUCUCGUAUCCUAUCGAUAUGUCUCUUGAGGACCAAAAUCCCAGGUUCGGUCGAGCCUCCGGGGCCAGGCGCAGUCUACCUCGGCCGCCGGAGAACAAAUAAACAAGCGUGUUUGUUUGUUUGACUGAUCCGGUAAGGCUUUCGCUUGCCAGAGACGGGAGGAUGCGCCGGGUUCUGCUUUACGUCCCUGCCCAGGGGCGUAAGUGGGUGGGGUGGGGGGGCUAAUCAAUACAAAUCUGAGGUUCUGCUUCGCCUCCCUCCACCCACCCCAACAAAAGCCUGCCCCGCCCUAGCAAAAAUCCUGGCUACGCCCGUGUCCCUGCUCCCUAAUUUGAAGAAAAACCUUAUGGAAAUCUUUUCCCGGCUUCAAAUCUCGCCCACUUCUUGUUUGGCAAAUGUCUUGCCAUGUGGGGCGGAGGGUGUGGCCGGCCUAGGGUGGCCUGAUUUGGGAGGGGGGCGGGUGGGAGGGACCUGCUGUGUGGAAAUUUCAAUUUGGGGAGGGGUUUGGCUGUGGCUUGGUUUCUUGGCUCUCCACCCAGACCUGCUGGGCAAACACAACCAUUUACAAACCCCCCACCAAAAAAAAAAAACCAUCGGCUGUGGAGUAAUGGAUUGAAAUUUACUGCAUGUAAUGCUUUGAAAGAAAAUGUAAUGAAAAUGAUUUAUAGAUGGUAUAUGACCCCAGUCAAACUUGCAAAAAUUUACCACCUGUCUGACAAUAAGUGCUGGAAAUGCAAAGAGUGUGAAGGAACGUUCUUUCACCUCUGGUGGACAUGCCCUAAAGUGAAGGCGUUCUGGGAAAUGAUUUAUAAUGAAUUGAAAAAGGUAUUUAAAUAUACUUUCACUAAGAAACCAGAGGCUUUCCUUUUGGGUAUUGUCAGCCAAGGGGUGGCAAAGAAGGACCAGACAUUUUUAUGUAUGCAACAACAGCAGCAAGGAUACUACUCGCAAAACAUUGGAAAACCCAAGAUCUACCCACACUGGAAGAAUGGCAGAUGCAACUGAUAGACUAUAUGCAACUGGCUGAAAUGACUGGCAGAAUCCGUGACCUGGGAGAAGAGAGAAUCGAGGAGGAUUGGAAGAAAUUUAAGAACUACCUACAAAAACAUUGUGAUUUGAUUGAAUGCUGAAUAAGAUGCUGGACUAAAUAACUGAGCACCACUUAACUUAGAAAUUUUUAAGGAAACAAGAAAAAUUGUGAAAGUUUAACUCUUUAUGAGAACUUUAAGAUUAUGAAAUAUCGAAGAGAUAUAAGAAUUUAAAUAAGAUGAUAAAUUGCUGACAAAAUGUUAUAAUGAUGAAGGUGGGAGUGGGAGAUGUGAGGAAGUCCAAAGAAAAUGUGAAAUUAUGUUAAGACGAAUGCUAUAUUGUUUAUUACAUUUAUUCUUAUUGUAAAACCCAAUAAAUUGCUUAAAAACAAAACAAAAAAAAAAAAAACCAUCAGAAAGUAAACACCUUAAGAGAGUGGGUGGGAAGGUUGUGGCGAAGUGGGAUGGGCACAAAACGGGCAAAGAUUGCUUUUGCCAGCCCUGGAGAGACCGGUUACCAACCGAAAACCUGGUCUUUUACAGGAAUUUGCAGGCGAGCGAGAGGGAAAAUGGCACAGUGUCCAAUUCCGAUUUUGUAUUAAAAGGGGCGAAACUGUUCGCUGCUAGAAAAGUAUGUGGCUUCCCUGGUUCGGAUUCUGGACAUUUGCACCAUGCCAGCAAUGUGCUGAGUUAAAAAACUCAGAUACAGUGGUACCUCGGGUUAAGUACUUAAUUCGUUCCGGAGGUCCGUUCUUAACCUGAAACUGUUCUUAACCUGAAGCACCACUUUAGCUAAUGGGGCCUCCUGCGGCUGCCGUGCCGCCGGAGCAAGAUUUCUGUUCUCAUCCUGAAGCAAAGUUCUUAACCCGAGGUACUAUUUCUGGGUUAGCGGAGUCUGUAACCUGAAGCGUAUGUAACCUGAAGCGUAUGUAACCCGAGGUACCACUGUAUAGCAGCUAAUCGCCAAACGGCAUCUUAAACCAAGGUUACUGUCACCACAACAGAAUGUCUGCGUCUUUGUUUUGGCCGCGUGACUUAUUACUAUAAUAAUCGUUAUUCAUUUCUAUACUGCGUUUUAUUAACAAAGAACAAAUCUCAAAGCGGUUUACAACACAUUAAAACGCCAAACAAAACCUGGAAUAAAUAAAAAAACCUCAAGCUUCACGGAGACUUACUUCUUUUCUUUUUUUUCCAAAAAUUUUUUAUUGGUUUCCACAACAUUAUAAACAAACAAACACAUAAGACAAACAAACAUAAAUCAUAGCCUUAUUGAAAAUUACGGUUGUUAACUUUGUAAAGUGACUUCCUCGCUUCCUUUUGGUUGAAUUUCAUUGCAAGGCCUUUUAACGGUUUUCCAAAUCCCAGUUUUUAUGAAAUUUAACUUAAACAUUAACAUUCUUAUAUCUUCACCUUAUGGAAUUAAACAUAUAAAUUCAUCACUUAACAUAAAUAAAACCCUAAGCCCAUUAAGUAUCUGCAAGCUAUUUUCAGUUAGUUUAACUUAACAAAUUUAACUAAAUAGUCAUUAAAUUUAUUCCAUUCUUCCUGAUACUCCUCCUCCUUCUGGUCGCGGACUCUUCCGGUUAGGUCGGCUAGCUCCGAAAAAUCCAUCAUCUUCAUCUGCCAUUCUUCUAUUGUUGGUAAUUCUUGGGUUUUCCACUUUUUAGCUAACAAAAUAUGAUCAGCGGUUGUGGCAUACAAAAAUAAUUUAACAAAUCCAAUUCUUGGCACAUAUACGCAGAGAGAGAGCUCUCAACGAGCUUGGAACAGAUAGUUCCUUCGAUGGAGAGCUGUUAGUGGUGGUUUCAUGGUGUGUUUUAAAGUCCCCAUCUUGCAAAGGCACAAGCCAGCCUCAAAAAGCUUUGCCGAGAAAAACAAAGCGUCAGGGCUGCAUCUGGGUAAACAGACGCUCCAAAAGGAGAGAGGAGAGGAAAAAACCAAACCCCACGGUAUGCAGACUUUUGCUUGUGCAAUCCUGACAUCUGCCUGCUUGGCUUAGCUUUCCUCCCACGAGGAGAUUAAGGGCAGCGAACUCUCAUGGGCAUAAGCUAGGUUGCAAAGACAUCUGCUGUGGCACGCUCCAUUGGCAGAGCAGAGCCCAGUUAAUCUAAGUCAAUGUUCUAGUCCUCGUGCGGCCCAAAUAAGGACCGGUUUACAGUGUGGUGCCUUGGUUCUCAAACUUAGUCCGUUCCAAAACCAAAGCGUUCCAAAACCAAGGCACGCUUUCCCACAGAAAGGAAUUCAAAACGGAUUGAUCCGUUCCAGACUUUUGAAAACAACCCCUAAAACAGCAAUUUGACACGAAUUUUACUACCUAACGAGACCGUUGAUCCGUAAAAUGAAAGCAGUAAUCAAUGUACCGUACUAUAAAAUAAAUCAGACAGUAUUGUAGAUGAUAAAAAUUGAAAUGGAUUUUUUUUCCUUACCUGCACUGAUGGUGGUCAUUGUUUGGAUUUUAUCCAUUUCCUCAGCCACACCAUCAAUCCAUCAGUAGCUGAACUGGGUUCCACACAGUCACGAAAACAAAUUAACCGAAAAGGCCUCAAAAACAAAAACGCAAAAUAAAGAGCAAAAACAAAAGCGCCAAACUUAAUCCGUUCCAGAAAUCUACUGGGCCUAGGCCGUUUAGGGCUUGAAAGGUCAGCCCCAACACUUUUGAAUUGUGUUCGGAAAUGUCCUGGGAGCCAGUGUAGGUCUUUCAGGACCAGUGUUAUAUGGUCUCCACUCCCAGUCACCAGUCUAGCUGCCGCAUUCUGGAUUAAUUGCAUUUUCCAGAUCACCUUCAAAGGCAGCCCCACGGAGAGUGCAUUGCAGUAGUCCAAGCGGGAGAUAACCAGAGCAUGCACCACUCUGGCCAGACAGUCUGCGGGCAGGGAGGUUUUCAUCCUGCGUACUAGAUGGAGCUGGUAAACAGCUGCCCUGGACACAGAAUUGACCUGCGCCUCCAUGGACAGCUGUGAGUCCAAAAUGACCCCCAGGCUGCACACCUAUUCUUUCAGGGGCACAGUGACCCCAUUCAGGACCAGGGAAUCCCCCACACCCUCCUGUCCCCCGAAAACAGUCCUUCUGUCUUGUCAGGAUUCAACCUCAAUCUGUUAGCCGCCACCCAUCCUCCAAGAGUCAAAAUUUAUGUCUGUAUGUUUAGUUUGUAUGUUUGUUUUCUUUUCUUUUUUGUAAUCUUAAAUUGAGAGGUGUAUGUUGUUGUUGUUUAGUCAUUUAGUCAUGUCUGCCUCUUCGUGACCCCCUGGACCAGAUCACGCCAGGCCCUCCUGUCUUCCACUGCCUCCCGCACUUUGGUCAAACUCAUGCUGGUAGCUUCCAGAACACUGCCCCACCAUCUCGUCCUCCGUCCUCCGUCGUCCCCUUCUCCUUGUGCCCUCCAUCUUCCCCAACAUCAGGGUCUUUUCCAGGGAGUCUUCUCUUAUCCUGAGGUGGCCAAAGUCUUGGAGCCUCAGCUUCAGGAUCUGUCCUUCCAGUGAGCACUCAGGGCUGAUUUCCUUCCGAAUGGAGAGGUUGGAUCUUCUUGCAGUCCAUGGGACUCUCAAGAGUCUCCUCCAGCACCAGAAUUCAAAAGCAUCCAUUCUUCGGCGAUCAGCCUUCUUGAUGGUCCAGCUUUCACUUCCAUACAUCACUACUGGGAAAACCAUAGCUUGAACUAUACAGUGGCACCUCGGAUUACAUACGCUUCAGGUUACAGACUCUGCUAACCCAGAAAUAGUACCUUGGGUUAAGAACUUUACUUCAGGAUGAGAACAGAAAUCGUGCUCCGGCGGCGCGGCACAGCAGGAGGCCCCAUUAGCUAAAGUGGUGCUUCGGGUUAAGAACAGUUUCAGGUUAAGAACGAACCUCCAGAACGAAUUAAGUACGUAACCAGAGGUACCACUGUACGGACCUUUGUCGGCAAGGUGUAUGUAUCUCUGUAUGUAUGUAUGAGGUGUAUGUAUCUAUGUAGAAUAAGUUUGUUUCCUGUUCUGGUUUGUGUUUGCAACUCUUGCAUUUAUCAAUAAAAGUUUUAAAUAAAUAAGUAAGGGAUAAAUCGUAUCCACCCUGUUACUCCAGCUUACCGUGAAUGACAACACGAUUCACGAUUCACGGUAGCGGGUGCGGUUAUGAGGUUAGAGGUCGGCUGGCAAGCUCUACGGUAUGUGGCCUUGAAGACGAAGCUCUGGCUAUGGCUCAAGCUUUGUUUUAAACCAGUGGGUAUUGCCCCCUUGAUAUUGAGGGACGAUUUCCAAUCAUCGUGGGAAAGGGAGGUCAUUAAUGAGGUUCAAUCCUGCGGAUUGUCUCUCCUUUACUUCGAGUCUAUGACGUACAAUCAAGCUAGAGCUGUGAUCUCCCGGAGACUGAGUGACAUUGCCAGACAAGAGGACAUAGCCCAGGUAAAACCAGGGAUGUUCCUAGGGGACCAGAUUUAUCGGACCAUACUAGCCCCCUACCUUGCAGAAAUCCACUAUGUGGAAUACCGUAGACUUCUUACAGUGGCUAGAUUAAAUGUCCUUGACUCUGCGAUAUUGUGGGGAAGGUACAGAGAACCAUACGCCCAGAGAACCUGUCAUUGUGCCAUGGGGGUGGUUGGGUCCACCGAACACAUUCUCUUGACUUGCCCUUCUUAUGCAGAGCUUAGACAAAAUUUUAUAGACCCACUCCUAUGUCAAUUCAGCUUCCUACCCGGAGAAAACCAGGCUUUACACUUGCUGAAUAACGCCACUAGAGCUAUACCUUCCCUGGUGGCCAAAUUUCUUUUCUUAGCCUUUAAGCGUCGCAAGACUAUAAUUGACUGUAUUGAUGUGGGGCUAUCUGUUUAGCCCAUUUUAGUGUUGGCUAAGUUUUAAAAUCUUCCUGGAUGUUUUUAACUGUGUAUUGACAAAAUGUACUUUUUUCUGACUGACGGUCGAAUAAAAAGGAUGAUGAUGAUGAUUCGCGCUUUGCUUUUCUCUCCGCGUUGCAGGCGAGCGCCCGUUCCCUUGCGGUUGGCCCUCCUGCCAGAAGCGAUUCGCCCGUUCCGACGAGCUGGCCCGCCACCUGCGCACCCACACCGGCGAGAAGCGCUUCGCCUGCCCGCUCUGCGAGAAGCGCUUCAUGCGCAGCGACCACCUCACCAAGCACGCCCGCCGCCACCCGGCUUUCCGCCCGGAUAUGGUCCGGAGACCCGAGUGCCACAGCGCCUCUCCCAGUGACUCUGCCGCAAGCAGCUUGGCUGGAAGCCCCGCCCACGACAGCCCCGCCCCCUGAAAUGGCCCCUCUGCUACCCACGAUGCUUUGCUGGCCCGCCAGGGACCCUCCGCUGGGCGAAGGGGGCCUGUUCCCGGUUGCCAAUUUGGGAGCCGCCAGGGAGCGAAGGUCGCCGCUGGCGAUCGGAGGAACCGUUCCAGGCGACUUGCUUCGGUCCAUUCGAUCGCAACUGUCCACCUUCCCCUGCCCCACGCCUGCCGGGUUUUUUCUGGCAUCUAGGGUCCCCUCGCAGCCCCUUUGCCUCGGUUUCCCAACGCAAAGGGACGUUCUGGUUUGGGUGUCUCAAAUCGUCCCACCCUGCCGUUCCCUAUCACUUUCCAGAAAAGUCUGGAUUCUCGGCCCCCUUCCCUGGCUCCCCAAUACUCAGGAAAGGAUGGGGAAAUUAGUCUAGAACGCGCCAAACCUUUCUUCGGCCAGACGGAUGGUUUUAGGAAGCUCAUUUAUAUGGUACAAUGGGACAGAGAUGUCCGAAUUGCACAUCACCCGGAUCUGGUAACCAAAGGUAGACUGCCUCUUGCUGGGGAGGAACGAUUGCGGUGAACAGAUGACUCCAGGAUGCUUAGUAAACAGGGUACGGUAUAGUCUGAGCUAAUCCGGCGUCAUUUGUUCCCGGAACCUGGUCACCAGAGGUAUAUUCCCCCCUAAAUAAUCUAUUCCUUGCUGUCACGGCUGCCUGCAAUUAAUCAGAACCCAGCCUUAAAAGGGAAAACAAAUACCGUAUUUUUCGCUCUCUAAGACGCACCAGACCAAAAGACGCACCUAGUUUUUGGAGGAGGAAAACAAGAAAAAAAAAAAUUCUGACUCUCCGAAGCCAGAACAGCAAGAGGGAUCGCUGCGCAGUGAAAGGCUUGCUGUUCUGGCUUCUGGGAUAGCUGCGCAGCCUGCAUUCGCUCCAUAAGAAGCACACACAGGAGGGAAAAAGUGAGUCUUAGAGAGCAAAAAAUACGGUACGUUUGUGUGUGCUGCACAGAGAGUUGAGGAACGCAUCUUCCUAGCACAGGGAUGGGGACGCCUGUAUCCUUCCGGGGGCUGGACACCAGCGGCCAGCAUGCCCAGUGGGCGGAGGUCAUGACCAUUGGAGUCCAAUAGCAUCCAAAAGACCCCAGUUUGGGAAACCGCUCUCCUCGCAGACUGCAUCAGAGGCCUGUUUGAUUUGCAUAUCUGUCAAUCCUAUUCCCUGGGACUUAGCUGCGCAUUGCUAGUGGGUAACCUAUCCCUAAAAUUUGUAAAUAAUCCCUUCCCCCCCAAACCGGGUCCAAAUUUUAAUAUCUGUACAUAGAAAAUGGAGGACCUGUUUUUAUGGGUGUGGCUGUUCUUGUUAUUUUUAUAUCGAUAUAUAUAUAAACAGUGUAAUUUAUUUUAUUUUUAAAUGUAGAAUCUGCAUCGGUUGGGGGGGGAGAUGUUGAACUGGGAGGGGGAAGAAGGCUUAAGGAUUUUAUCCUCCUCCUCCUCUCUUGCAAACCUGCCUUACAGCCAAGCAACGGAGCCGGGAAUCACUUUGCCCACAUUCAUGAGGACUAUGAACUUGCUUCGGUUUCCAGGGAAGCGGCGCUGCUCAGUGGGCAGCGCUGAGCUAGGUAGACAGCGGAGCCGGCAAGAAGCAGAAGUCUGUGUUGCCCAGAAUUUGGGUCCCCGGCUGUUUCUGAACUACAACUCCCAUCAUGCUUGGUUAGCAGGACCAGGGAUGAUGGGUUUUGUAGUCCCCAAAAAACCCAACCACACCAGAGCCUGGUCGAGUUUUUGCGAGGGAUGUUGGGUACGUUUCAAAGCACUUCCCCCCCUUCUUCCCCAGCCGAGCUGUAUUUCAGGGUGUGGAUAAAGAGAAAUAGAUAUAUGUGUGUGUUUUUAACGUGAGUUUCGGUGCCUUGGUGCUUCCAGAGAGCUGGAUCGCGGCCUUGAAGGCACCUCUUCCUUCUUCCUUGGUUAAAUGCUUUUGUGAGGCUUGCUCGCAGGGUGCAGAUACCCACUCAGCGCAGGAGGGCGGGGUGUUUUGUUUUUUUAAUUUGCCAAGCUGGCAAUAGCCAUAUCUGCGAUUGCUCAGUCUACGGGUUGGUGCUGGGCAGACCUCGACACCUGCGCGGUGUCGCUGCCUGCCUUGGUUGCGAAGUUGCCUUGCGUCUUCCCUCGGAAAACGCCGUAGAGUCGGAGGAGCGAGUCAGGGCGAGCGGCCGCGUUUCCCGCUUCCUCUUGCUUUUCGAGGCUCCCGUUUUCACCCCGUCGGAUCCGGACUUCCGUCCAGGGUCCUUUGGGAAACCAGAGAAGGGACGUGCGCUUGCACUUUGGGGAGAAAAGCAACGUCUCCGUGCCGGCGCCGGAUGAUGGGGCAGAGAGUCUGCAAGCCGGUGGAGCGACGUUUGAACGCUUUGUGCAAAACCCCAAGCGCAAUCCGGGCUUUGCGCAAAACCCCGAGCGGAAUCCGUGCCCCGUAAAGCUAGGCCAAGCUCACGGAGCCAUUGAGCCCGGAAAAUACUCCGGAACUACAGUUCCCAUCAUCCCUGGCAGCAGAGGCUGAUGGGAGUUGUAGUUCGGCAACACCUGGCGCGCCAAAGGUUCCUCGUCCCCAAACUAGAUAAACCUCAGUGCUUCAGGUCUAGCGAUUCAGGCCCUUCCGGGAUACACUGCCCGGCCUCCAUGAGGCCCUGGAUUCGAACUCAAGACCUGAAGAUGCCCAUAUAUGCAGGCUGGGAAGCGCAAGGCAUUUUGGGAAGCACACCAGCUGACCAGCAGCUGGAAGCUUUGCCUGCUCAGCUGGGAUAAUCUUCGUGCUUCCCCCCAUCUUAAAAUUUCCUGAGUUCUCAGGGACUAAUAAGGGAACCGUAAUUCCCGUGCCCCCCCCCCCAAAUUCCUGUUAUCUGGGGAAAUUAUAUAUUUAUGAUCUCCCUUCCCUCCUCCCUUUGUAAUUAAGCAAGAGAUAUUUUUUAAACGAAAGCAAGUAGAUUUAUUUAUUUUUGGUUAAAAAGAAUAGCGUGCGAAUUAACGGGAAGCUGCGCGUCGGUUGAGUGUUCAGGGUUGGUUUGGUCUGUUUGCAAUGCGGAUUAGAAUCGCAGUGCAGGUUUUAAGGGGGGAAAAUGUUGGUUUUGGUCGGAGGCGCGACGUAUUUUUUCCAUUACAGCCGAGAAAUCAGCACCCACCUGGCGAUUUCCACGCGCUGACAGGAGGCUGACUGUGUCCAAAGUCCUAAUCCAUCCAUCUAUCCAUCUACCGUAUUUUUCGCUCUCUAAGACGCACCAGACCACAAGACGCACCUAGUUUUUGGAGGAGGAAAACAAGAAAAAGAAUAUUCUGAAUCUCAGAAGCCAGAACAGCAAGAGGGAUCGCUGCGCAGCGAAAGCAGCAAUCCCUCUUGCUGUUGUGGCUUCUGGGAUAGCUGCGCAGCCUGCAUUCGCUCCAUAAGAUGCACACACAUUUCUCCUUACUUUUUAGGAGGGAAAAAGUGAGUCUUAUAGAGCAAAAAAUACGGUAUGUUUAUUAUGAGAAACAGCGAACACAAAUGCCUUCAUCGCAUUUUCUUUCGAAGGAUCUUCUUUGCGUUCUUGUCGGUCAACCCUGCAGAUCUUAAAAGGGUUUUGUGGACAGUUCUGUCGGCUCGGAAAACAGGAGCUGGUGAAAGCUAAAACUAUUUAAUUAAAACUUUUUAGUUUAUUAUAAGACAAACAAAAAAGCAACAACCCCCAAACCUGAGGUUGCAUUCCUUAAAGCCUCUUAUUACCCGGGAGCAAACCCCACUGAAUUAAAUAGGAUUUCUCCCCCUGCGUACCUGUGGCUGCGUUUGCACUAGUAACAUUGAACUGGCCGGUGUUUUUAAAAGUAGGGUUAUGUGACCCCAGGCUGCUUCUGAGAAAACUUGGGGAGUUCUUCGACUGCCCUAAAUCUUGAGAUAUCUUCCCCCUCUGAGACCCACACAAAGCCCCAUGGCUGUCGUUUUUCUCCCUUGAAAAGCACAAGGUGCCAAAGGAGGAAGUUGGGGGAGAAUGCCAAUCUUUCAAAGUUCCUUUCUCGUCUCUAUGGGGCUUUUUCGAGGCUCUGACUGAUCCAACCGGGUCUUUCUCAAGAUCCGUUGGAAACGGAAGAGUUGGGUGUGCAUGCACUUUGUAUUUCUGUCUUGGCAGGAAGGGGAGAGACAUGGCCAGAAGGUCUGGCCCACCCGCUCAGCAGCCGAAAAUUUGCCAAAACAGCUGGCAAACCCUGCCGUAUGACUUGUGCAAAUGGUGGAUUACGCAAUGUAUUUAUUUGACAACGUGUUCCCUUCUCCUGGUCUGAAAAAAACCCGUGCAUCGUGGUGGGGAUGGGGGUGAACGAUUUGAGAUAUUGUCAAUAUCCCACGCACCCUUUCCCCCUGUUGUUUUUUAAGAAGCACUGAAGCUCGUAUGUGUGCGUGUGUGUUUUGGGUGUGCCGCUUGAAAAAUAAAAACGACAAACUGCUUUA